AUGCAUUCGAGUAACGCAGAGGACAGACCUAGCAGUUACGCUCUGUCAGGCGAGAUGGAGCUCGAAAUUGGGUUAAAGUUUAUGAACCAAGAAUCAGCGAUGCUGGCAACAAAAACUAUAACAUCCGUAGGAGUGCAGAGUAUAAGUGUUGCAAGGGUCGGUAGAGUCAGCGUACGGGUACUAGGUGUCUUACAAGAAGGUUUGGCACGCGAAGCAGAAGGCAAUCGGAAGGAUCUAUGGACAAUUGUUGACCUCCAAAUGGUUUCGUACUAUGUCAGAAACACCCUUGACCGUGAUAGCGUCAUGUUUUACCAGGUUUUCUGGUUGUUCCCUUCAUGUGUUCAAGCGUUUAGGCAUUGCAAGCCGCUGGUAUUAGUAGACGGAACACAUCUGUAUGGUAAGUAUGCUGGCACCCUUCUCAUGGGUAUAGCACAGGAUGGAAACAACAAUAUUCUGCCCGUUGCCUUUGCCCUUGUCGAAAGGGAGAACACAGAUGCAUGGUACUUCUUUUUGACCAAUUUGAGGAGACAUAUAGCGACUAGGCUAGGAGUUCUUCUUAUCUCCGACAAGCAUGCUGCAAUAAAGGCGGCAUUGGAGCGUGAAGGAUGUGGCUGGGAGCACAAUGUUUACUAUGUACGACAUAUUGCCUCCAACUUCACAACAAGUUUUAAGAGUAAGGAAGCCAAAAGACACCUAGUUAAUGUCGCUUAUUCAAAGACACAAGAGCAGGCGCAAUACUACCUUGAGUUAGUUAGCAGCGAGGAUCCUGUAGCAUCGCCGCAGAUGAUGGGUUGGAUACGAGGGUUAGAGCCACCUAAAUGGCUCCAGCACCUUGAUGAGGGCCGACGAUAUGGUCACAUGAUGACCAAUCUUUCUGAGUGUAUCAACUCCGUCCUGAAAGGCACUAGAAAUCUACCCGUCUGUGCAAUUGUCAAGUCUACCUACCAUCGCCUAAAUGAGUUAUUCGUCGUCAAGGGUCGGCAAGCACAAGCACAAAUUGCAAGCGGUCAGGUGUUCUCACAGUUUCUGCAGAAGGCCAUAUUAGCGAACCGUGAGGGAAUUUUUCAGAUGCUAGUGACGUCGUACGAUAGAGCCACUACCGUAUUCACAGUCGACGACAUAGCUGCUGUAGGGGCGUUACACUACCCAUGUGCUCAUGCUCUAGUCGCUUGUGCCUACGCGAGACUAGAGUGGCAACAGUACGUUGACUUGGUAUACCGGGUUGAGAGCAUGUUCCGGGUCUAUGAAAUGGAAUUUCAGCCAAUGCCGGAUGAGGAGAUGUGGCCGCCUUAUGAAGGAGCAUGUGUCCAUCCCAACCCCCUCCUACGACGUACACUAGAAGGACGUUCGGUGUCGACGAGGAUUCGGAAUGAGAUGGACGAGGUUGAGCCCGGACCUGGUAAGCGAUGUGGUCUUUGCAGGCAACCAGGACAUACAAGGUGA